CUGUAAUUCUUUUUGCAUCCAAGUGGGUGGGACGUGAGAGCAACUGUAAGUUAUAAGGUUGAGUUUUCCUGUACGCUUACACUUUAACCUCUUGUCGGGCAUCACGCGGAGUACUUUGUCUUCAGGACAGCUUUCUGCACCUCCAGUUUGGAAACCCUCACUAUUCCUACAAUGGCAGCGUUUGGAAACCGUGGGACAGUGACUGAGGCGUCUGGCUUUGACGCAGAUGCAGAUGUCCAGACUCUUCGAGAAGCCAUGAAGGGAACUGGCACUGAUGAGGCGGCUAUCAUCGAGGUCCUAGCUCACCGUACUGUUGCUCAGAGGCAGCGCGUCAAAGAGGCCUACAAACAAGCAGUGGGGAAGGACCUGGCUGAGGAUCUGUCCUCAGAGCUGAGCGGGAACUUCAGGAGUGUCGUUCUAGGUCUGCUGAUGCUGCUGCCGGUGUACGAUGCCUACGAGCUGAAAACGGCAAUGCAUGGGGCUGGAACAGAAGAGGCCUGUCUCAUCGAUGUUCUGGCUUCAAGGUCAAAUGAUGAAAUCAAAACCAUCAAUGCGUUCUACAAGAAAGAAUAUGGAAAAAGCUUGGAAGACGCUGUGUGUGGGGACACUUCAGGAAUGUUUCAGAGGGUUUUGGUCUCUUUACUCACGGCUGGACGGGAUGAAAGUGACAAAGUGGACGAGGCUCAGGCGGUUCUCGAUGCCAAGGAAAUCUACGAGGCUGGUGAGGCUCGAUGGGGCACGGACGAGGUUAAAUUCCUCACGGUGCUUUGUGUGAGGAACCGAAACCAUCUGCUGCGAGUGUUCGAGGAGUAUCAGAAGAUUUCUGGGAGAGACAUUGAGGACAGCAUUAAGAGGGAGAUGUCUGGCUGUCUGGAGGACGUCUUUCUGGCCAUAGUGAAAUGUCUAAGGAACAAGCCGGCGUUCUUUGCAGAGCGAUUAUACAAAUCAAUGAAGGGGCUGGGCACCACAGACACCGUCCUCAUCAGAAUAAUGGUUGCGAGGGCGGAGAUUGAUAUGUUGGACGUUAAGGCGCAGUUCCUGAAGAUGUAUGGCAAGACUCUCUACUCCUUCAUCAAGGGAGACUCAUCUGGUGAUUACCGCAAAAUCCUGCUGGAGCUGUGUGGAGGCGAGUAGGAGAAACCUCAGAACAGCAUCCAGUUCUGUUUUUAUUACGAGCUUUUACUCCGUUGAUGACUUCCUGUAUCUUACCGUCUCUGCUUCCAUGGACUUCACAUUUCACGGAUUGACCACAGUGCUUUGUUUUACUGUUUGUACUAUAAUACCAAUUAAACCAAAGACCAGUGACCUUUUA